GCAAAGAGCACACAGAAAGCAUGCGUUUUCCAGCUCUCCGCUCCACCUGCAUUUUGAGCAUGCUCAGUUUGAUUCAUUGCAUUCCCGUUCAUCAGGAUGACCUGAAAAAUGUCAAACUGCAGGCAAAGACCAUCAUCGUCAGAAUCAGGGAACACAUUGACGGGCAAAAUUUACUUCCAACGCUGAUCAUUGGGGAUCCAGGACAUUAUCCAGAGAUUCCCGCUGACAAACCCAUCCAAGGGCUCGGCUCCAUCAUGGAAACCAUUAAUACCUUCCACAAGGUUCUUCAGAAGUUUCCAAAUAAGCAUGUAGACCAGAUACGCAGAGAUUUAUCCACACUUCUGGGUUACCUAGAAGGCAUGGAUUGCACACUGAAGGAAUCAACAAAUGGGAAAGCGCUGGACGCUUUUCUAGAGGACAGCGCUUCCUAUCCCUUUACUUUAGAGUACAUGUCUUUAAACAGACUGAAACAGUUUAUGCAAAAGCUGAUCGAUAAUCUGGAUCAGCUGAAAUUCUGCUGA